CUCCCACCGCCCAGCCACCCAGCUGCGGAAGAGCACCCAGCUGCCCUCCACCGCCCUCCGCCAUGAAUGACCUCGGAGUUGCUGGACUCGGUGGAUCUAGAAGACUGGGACCCCGCCAUCCGCCAGGAGCUGGCGGCUCUGCGGGGACGGCUGGUGGCGCUGCAACGGAGGCAACAGGCGAAGGAGCUGAUCUUCCAAGAGUCGCAGCAGCAACUGCAGCAUGAGAUCCAUGCGGCGCGUGAAGGGAAUCAGACCCUGGUGCAGCAGCUGCUGCAGCUCCAAGCCGCCGGCGCGCGCGGCCCGGCCACCGAGCUGGCGGAGGCUCUGGCGCAGGAGGCCUCGGCCGCGGCGGAGGCGGCGGCGUACGCCGCGGAGCUGCUGGCGCAAGGGAGGGCGGUGGAGCAGCUGCGCGAGGAGCUGGACCAGAGUGCAGUGGGAGCCCGCGCACGCGGAGUGCCCCGCGGGCCUCAAGCCGUCGAGGGCUUCGCGCGGCAGCAGGUGGCGCUGGAGGAGCAACGCCUGCGGAGAGGAAUCGCCCAGGCGCGGCAGGAGUUGGACGCUGCCAGGGCCCAGAGCGACGCCAAGGCCUUUCGGAACGAGCUCUUGGAGGAGGAAGUGGAAGCCCUACGGACCACGCGGGAGGCGCAAGGCAAGAUCAACGCCAUGUCGAAAUCCAGCAGUUCUGCGGCGAUGGGCGCCUGGCAGAGGGCUUCCUUGGCGCUCUCGGAAGCCGAGCUCCAACAGCAGCUCCUGUCCUUCGAGGCCUUGGGGCACGCGGCAAGGUCCAUCAGAGACUCUGCAGACAGCGGCGCAUCGUCCAUCAGUCGACGAGACGACUGGAGCCCGGAACGAUGCUUGUGGGCGUCCCCAAAAGCUCGAGGAACGGCCCCCUUGGAAUUGUCACUCUCCUCCAGCUCUCAGCUGCAGACCUCGUGGACGCUCGAGCAGCGCAAGAGCGGAAGCCAGGAUCUGGAUGUAGCACUCUCCAUGCUCAUCCCCAAGGAGGCCGACCGGAACGCACACGACAACGACCCACGCGAAGGCACCGGAGGAUCCACCUGGGCGAUGCUAGCUGAGCUGGCAUCAGGAUCCACACACGAGAAGACGAUCUGGGAGGAGGUGGCCCAAGCGGACGCGGAGGUGCAAUGCGACGACGUCUACCUACUGGACAUGGCCUCCUGGGAGGCUGUGAAGGAGGAGAUCUGUCAGCUGGAACGGGCGCGGAACGAGCAGCUAAUGCAAGAGCUGAAAGAAGAGAGGGAGAGGGCGGCCUCAAAGCACGUCGAGAGUCUCGCAGUUGAACAAGGGCUGAGGCAAGAGCUGAGAGCACAGGAGGAGUUGCUAUCCGAGUCACGCACCGAGGAGAAGAGGGCUGCCUCAAAGCAGGUGGAAACCCUCACACUUCAGCGAGAGCUGAAGGAAGAGCAAAGAGCCUUCGCACAUCAGCGAGAGAAGCUGCUUCAUGAGGAGUCACUGGCCAAAGAGCGAGAGAAGCUGCUUCAUGCGGAGUCACUGGCCAAAGAGGAGAAGAGGGCGGCCUCAAAGAAGGUGGAAACCCUGGCACUUCAGAAAGAGCUGAAGGAAGAGCAAAGAGCCUUCGCACAUCAGCGAGAGAAGCUGCUUCAUGAGGAGUCACUGGCCAAAGAGGAGAAGAGGGCGGCCCAAAAGACGCCGGUCGAAGAGCACGUCGCACGUCUCACUGACGAGCUUUUGGACGAGCAAAGAGCCUUCGCACAGCAAUGGGAGACAUGGCUGGCCAAAGAGGAGUCACUGGAGAGGAGGGCAGCCUCAUCGAUGGAAUCUGUCGCACGCCUCACGUCGCACGCGCUGAAGGAAGAGCAGAGAGGCUUUGCCAGCCAGCGAGAGAAGCUGCUUCAUGAGGAGUCCCUGGCCAAAGAGGAGAAGGCCGAGCUGGACCUGUGCCGUGCUGCAGCCACGAAGCGCGAGGAGCUCUUUCGAAAUGAGUUGAGCGCUGCGCAAACGCAGACCGCGGCGGAACGGGCACGAGCUGCUUCGGCUGCUGCGGCGCGCCACAGAGUGGAGGAGGCCCAGCGCUUGCGAACGCUGGGAACGCCGGCGCGGGCGCCGUCGCCGGCGCCGUCGCCGGCGCGGUCGCCGCCCAUUGAGCCCAUCGCGGUGCGGGAGAUGGCGCUGGCGCGUCAAGCCACGGAGCUGAAGCGAAGUUUAUCUCAACAGCUUCCGGACAAGAAGCCGCAGCCCUUGCCCCGUCGCGCCCACAGGAGCGUGGGUGUCCCCAACGGGGCGAUUGGACUGCACCGGUUCGGCUUCGAUGCCCUGCGCGCCGAGAUCGCCCACGCCGCCGCCCAGCACCGCAGCGUGCUGCGCCGCGCGGCGACGGCGACGGCGAAGCCGUCGCCCUCGCGGCGCUUGCCGCGGCAGCUGUCGGUGCGGCCAGAGAGCUCGCGUGUCAUACCUCGCGCGGUGUACGCUGAUCGCACGGUGGAAUCAGGCUGCCGGCAGUCCGCGCAAUCGCCUUGCCGGCUUGGCGGUUGGGGAGCCAACGGGGUCGGAAGUUUGUAUUUCUCCGUCUUGGCCACCUGCAGUGGCUGGCUACACUACGCCCAGGUCUUGGAAGGCGUGAUGGCGCAAAGGACGCCCAUGGCCCAGAGGCAGUCCGUCGAAGGCGUGGAAACCAGUAUCUCCGAUCGAAAGAGCUUGGAUGCGCUGGAUGCAUUGGAUGGAAACAUUUGGAAGGACUUUGACUCCUUCAACAUCUCGAACUUCAGUGCCCUGGAGGUCGAAAGAUUUGAGUUCCAUCAUGUGCUUCGUGCCUCUGAUGGUGUGCGUGCUCAGAUCGAAGUGCAUUCAGACCUGGUGGAAGGCACGAAGGUGGUGGUGAAACGCUUUCCAAGGGCAUAUCUCAAAGACAGCCCAGCAGAAUUUCGACAGUCGAACCACACACUUGAAGAUCCAUGGAAGGAGAUGUUUCUUGCUCUGAAGUUGGGCGCGCCCGGAAGCGCCUCGCAGAUAUCAGGAGUUCUCCCGUGCCAUGGCAUUUUCAUCCAUCCAUCCGGUGAUGUGAUGCUUUUCAUGGAAUACGCCACCUCGGGUGAUCUCUUUGACUUCGCCACGGCCUUGGGAGAGCCGGGACCUGCGCGAGAGGCAGUGGCAACGCAGCUCUUGCGUCCUUUGGUUCAUGUAGUUCUGCAGCUCCACCAGAUGGGCAUCGCCCACGGCGACAUUAGUGCGGAGAAUGCGAUUCUGUGUGAGGCGGACGGAGAGGUCUCAGUAGCUCUGUUGGACUUUGCCAUGGCAGUCGACACUUCGAAACCGCGUCGCUUCUCAGCGCAUGGAGAAGCCCGAGGGAAGCCCAUGUACCGCCCCCCAGAGGAGUGGAGUGUUGAUGUGCAAGGUGCUGAUUUGUUUGCUUGUGGAGUGCUGGGGUAUGCCUUGGCCAUUGGAAACUAUCCGUGGCAGAGCACCAGUGGAGCUUGCAAGGCGUUUGACUAUGUGAAGAAGAAGGGCUUGGCACAAUUCUUCCGGAAGCGCAUGAUUCCCAUGGGGUCGGGCAAAGUCCCUGUGGCUGAGGUGUUGUCACCAGGCUUUCAAGAGGUGCUCAUAGCACUAAUUGAGAGCUGA